UUAAAAAAAUCAGUGUCAAAAAAAUAAUAAAAACGAGUUGUUGAUGUGUUCGGACCUGGGUAAUUUUGUAAAGAAAAACAACAAAACCAAGUCAUGAUAUUGAUGCUAGACACACAUUUUCCUCGUCUGAACCAUACGUAGGAGACAAGAAACAAACAUGGAAGUGACUAGCGGCGCAGAGGAGGGUUUCGUUCGGGAAUGGACCCCUUGUUCUCAUAUACUGAACCUGAUACCUCCGAGAAUUCAGACUGGUUUGUUUUCUAACGAACUGUGCCUAACCUGCGUGGACGCUGUGAGCGAGUACAUAGCUCUCGGAACGAACGUGGGCCUGGUGUACUGGUACGACAGGAAGAAAGGCAACAUACAGCGGUUACGAUGCGAAGCUUCAACAUCACCGAUAACCUUUGUGAAGAUAGUCAGCACUGUGGACUACAUGGUGGGUGCUGGCAAUGCUGCCGGACAAGUCACUGUGUUCCAGAUCCCGAAGGAGCAUCCAGAGAAUGUGCCUGAUACAUUCAAACCAAAGGUUGAGCCUAAAGUGGAAAGAUACACAAUUGGUGACUUGCACAAGAGCAAGAUUACUGCAAUAGAGUGGUCCAAAAAUGGCAUGCGACUCUUCUCUGGUGACAAAAAUGGUGUUAUCAUCAUGACAGAGAUAGACUUUUAUAUGCACCUGUGCAAGUCAAUGGAGAUAGUGAACGAGGAGCACGAGAUAGUUCAGAUGAGCUACUACCAGAACACGCUGCUGGUGUCCAGCGUGUACCGCAGCAUCGUGUGCGAGCGGCGCGACGGUCGCUGGCACGUCACCCAGCUGGGCAAGAAGGAGCGGAAGAGCCUGUGUGCGCUCGGCGCCGUGUUCCAGUACUCGUACGCGCGCGGCGGCGCGGCGGCGGCCUACUGCGCGCGGCCCGGCCUGCGGCUGUGGCGUGCUGACGCCGCCGGGCAGGUGCACCAGACUCUACUGUUCAAGGAAGCAAUCUCCAACCCGCUGACGGUGGCGGAGCUGCUCAACCCGUCGCAGCGCAAGCACUCGCUCGCCGAGCGCGAGUACAACUUCGGGCCGCUGCACGUGUUCCGCGAGCACUUCCUCGUGUCGCACAACGAGCAGCUGCUGUACGUGCUGGACCCGCGCUCGCUCACCGCCGUGGCCGUCGUCGACGAUCUCAGGAGAAUCCUAUCAGUGUCGGUGAACAAGGACGAGAUGUUCAUACUGGAGGGCGCGCGCUCGCUCGUCCGCCUCGCGCACGCGCCCGAGCCCGCCGCGCUCGCCACAGAUCAACCCGCAAACCUAAUGACAAAGUCCCUAACAACGUCCCUACAACAGGCCGUGAACACUGUCCGCGAUCUCACGCACAUCGACCAAACGAUGCCGUACAUCACUAGCGUUCUAGAACAACCCAUAUCGAUGUUCACGCGAAACGAGACCAUAGACAACGGCGUGAUAACCAACGGGGAGGAAUGUUUCGAGCUGCCCCCAAUAAAGCAUUUGCCUUACGACAUAUCGGAGAACGUUCUAGAAUCGAUCAUAAACGAAUUUAAAGACGUGUCGAGUGAAGUUGAGGAGAUAAGGCGUGUGAAAUCAGAGGAGUUGCAGAAGAAGCUGAAGUUGUACAAUAGUAUAAUGGAGAAGAAGUGCGACGAAGAGUUGAUACACAGCAGGAAGAGUAGGAAGAAGGAGAAUGGGUCGGGAGCGAACACGCCUCGGAUGUCGACUCCAGUGCGCAGGCCCGACAACUUUAGUUACACGAGCCCGUGCGUCAUGAAUAUUAGUGUUUGUGGAAACAUACCACAAAACGACGACCUCCUAGAGAAACAGAUAGAAGAGAAAGAAAAAAUAUUAGCAAAAAUGCUUAACCUAGAAUCACUGAGCAUAAAAAGUCCCUUAGAAAAACCAAUAGCAAAUGGAAUUCCAGACAAAACAUACAAGCCAGAGGCUGAGACAACCAUAAAAACAACGCAAAUAGAAAAACCUAUAGACAAACAAAUAGAAAAACCGGCAAUACAAUUACCUGUUCGACAGAAACCGGUAAAAGAAAUACGGGAACCGGUGGAAAAGCAAAAUCCUAAUCAAAAGAAAAUAGAAACCGACGAUUUAGUCCCUAAAGUUGUGAAAUUACCUAAUAAUUGGAAUUUAGAGAACAUAGAAAUACAAUUGGAAAUGAUGAGGAACGGUGUGAAGGACGUGUCCAAUCUCAUAUCACCAGAUGAUCUUACUGAGGGAGAAUGGGAGAUCAUUUAAAGCUAUAUUUUAUUUUAACUAACUGUAAUAGAAUAACGUAACUCAACUCACGUAUAUUUGUCGGUCUAUAUACGACUAAUUUCAAAUCUAUCCAAUUGUGAAUUUGUAAAUGCGAAGUGAAAUAAGAAAUCUGCAAUUAUAAUUUUAAGGCAAUCGUGUAGAAUUUUCCAGCUACUCGAAUGUUUUCUUUUUGGUUUAUAUUUAUUUCUUUAGUUUUUAUGUACAUCUUUGUAUCAAAUAAUAUAAGAUUACUGUAACUUUAAAUUAUUUUGUAAAUAAUUUAAGGGCAUGUACAGACGACGAAUUAUUCGUAUCGUUUUAAUACGAUAAUCAGGGAGGAAACCAAUUCAAUCUCAAUUUAUUUAUAUGCGAUCUUUUCCACCAAACUGUCAAUAAAUCAUCUCAAUUUAAAUUUGAAUUUUGAAUUAUAUUUUAGGAUUAAGAAUAAAAUUUUUUAUCCUUUUUAUUUUACUAUUAUACUUUACAAAAACUUUCUUUCACUUCCAGGUCAGUUAUGUAUAUGCUAUUUGACUGUAUUGUAUAUUAUGGUAAUUCUCGAAUGUGUAUUUGUGAAUCUCGAACAAUUCGAAAUAAUGCAUUUUGUAGUUUGUUAUAUGUUUUGUACCUUAUCUAGUUGGAAAAUUCUAUACACAACAUGCUUGUCAAUUUACUAUUAAUUUUAAAGCUCACAACGCUUUAAUCUCACUUUAUACAGAGGCAUCUUACAUAUUAGUUGUAUGUAGAAAUGAUAGAGAUCUAAAUACUGUAAAAACUAGUAAACUAUCAAAUAUCAUAUUUUAAACGAGUGGUUCAGUAUUUAAGAAGCAUUGAAGCACGGUUUGUAUUCGACGUAAAUAAUGCAAUGAUACUAGACUGUUUUCAAAGUAAUUUUUACCUCAUUGAUUGCUACUAAAAUAACACUCUCAGUCAAAUGUUAUUUAUAGACAUUAAAUUGGUUAAACAGUUUGAGAACAAUGAUCAUGAAUAAUAUAAUUUACUAAAUAAUACUUUCAAAUCAAACGCGACGUGUAAAAUUCGUCGUCUGUGACGGCCCUUAUUUUACUGACAUAUUUACAAACAAUAUGCAAAAUUAUUUAUUGUUAUUUAAAAUGAUUCUUUAUUAACCAAAGUAGUUACAAAAAUUAUUUAAUUAAUAGUUCGGCCAAAAUGUUUACAAUGGAUAUGAUAAAAAUACGGAGAAUGUUAAAAUAACAACACGAUUUUAUCUUUUUCCUAAACAAAUGUAGUAAAUUGAACAAAUCCUUGGUAAAACGGCCUCGGUGGCGCGAGACGGAGGUCCUGGGUUCAGUCCCCGGCUGGGCCGAUUGAGGUUUUCUUAAUUGGUCCAGAUCUGGCUGGUGGGAGGCUUUCGGCCGUGGCUAGUUAUAAUUCUACCGACAAAGACGUACCGCCAAACGAUUUUGCGUUCCGGUACGAUGUCGUGUAGAAACCGAAAGGGGUGUGAAUUUUCAUCCUACUCCUAACAAGUUAGCGCGCUUCCGUCUUAGAUUGAAUUAUCACUUACCAUCAGGCGAGAUUGUAGUCAAGGGCUAACAUGUAAAUAAUAAAAAAAAAACAAAAUACAAUAGUUUACCAUCAGGUGCUGCUUGUACCAUCAGCUAUUACUAUAAAAAAAAUUACUAUAAUUUGUUUCACGUCAAAAGUAGGAAUAUCCUUUAGUUUAUCCAUUAUGAAGAGUAUUACUUUACUUAUGAUGUUUGCCGCCAGGCGUGAUAUAUUUAUUAUGAACCAUACAAGUAUUCUUAUGAAUUAAUAUUAGUAAUCAAUCAAUAUAUAUAUAUAUAUAUUAUAAAUAAAUACUUGAUUCCGUUGAAACUAAGAGUGAAAGCGCGUACCUAUAGCUUGGCAACUUCGUUGAUGAUACUCCCAUGAUAUGCGGGGGAUGGGGGGAAAGAAUGCGCGGAUGUGAAAUCGUGCGUGCGGGGAAGUGAGGUGCAUCAGUUGUGGGUUUUUCAUUCAUCGCUACACGCCCCCGCGGACCAUCGGGAGUGUUACGAACGAACUUCCCAAGCUAUAAUCGUUUUUCGUUGCCAUAAGACGUGUUUUUUUUUGUAUUACAAUUAUUUAUUGUAUUGUAAUUAGUUUAUAAUUAUAAAAUAUUUCUAAAACUUUGAAACUGAUUUAUAAACUGACUAAAGUAAUAUAUGUAUGUCAAAUGUAUGGGUAUUAUUAUUUAUAAGUAAGCUUCAAUGGCAAUAUGGAUCGAGAUUUGCUUAAUACCUACAUGACUCAAUAAAACAAAUGCAUUUAUUAUAAUAAUGAGGCUAACCAUUUAUGAUUUAUUUAAUCAGAUUCAGAUUUAAUUUAAUAAUCAUUUUUUUUAUUUUUAUUUAUUAAUUAUACCUACUUUAAGUAAUACUAACACGUGAUGUGGUAACUAAUAUAGGUAUACAAAAUAGUGCAAAGGCAGACUUAAUGAUUUUAUGGAAUUUAAUUUAAUGGAAUGUAAAGGUAAAUGUUUAUUUCACAGACUUAUAAUUAUUUUAUUUAAAGUUACAUGUAUUAAAAAAAAUUUAGUUAAGCAGCUCUCUUAUUGUUUAAAGAUUUUUAUUAUUUAUAUUAGGUAUGUAUUUUUUUAUUAAUAGAUUGUAAAACGAUCUGUACAAUAAUAAACAAAACAUACAUUUUGUUAUAUUAAGCAAAUAAUUAUGUUUUUGGGUAACUAUCUUAUUAUAUACAAAGUAGUGUCUGUAUUUAUUAUACGAGCGUAAUUAAAAGACCGAUUUUUUUGCCUUGUUUUUGGCUUAGAUAUCUCAUAUUUAGGAAAUGGAAAUCUCAAAUGCGGCGAUAGUUGUGUGCGCUUACACGAAAUGUAUUAAGCAUAAUAGGUACCUACAAUAAACUAAAAUUCGUGUGGUGUUAUGUGGACAAGGCCGGGUUAUUUCAUAAAUAGUUAAUUUAUAUGAUAUAAGUAACUCAAGUAACUCAGACCAAUUAUUUUAUAGGACCUGCCUCGCUAGAUGUUACUUUUCUGUCAAAGUAUAUGAUCAACGAUCUAAUGCGAUUAUAAAAACUGUAUCUAUAUAAUCGGUGUUAAAUAGUUGUAAUCGUGUUCAUCGGUUAAAGAGCUCCGUAAAAUACCUUUUUGUAUAAUAGAAUUGUGUAAAAAUCGGACAAAAACUUCGAGUUUAGUACAAGAUAUAUACCAAAUCUAAGCUCGUUUUCCUCAGAAAAUGACAGACAAUUUUGUUCGUGACUAUGAGUGCGAUACAGGUCCUUCUAUAAUUGGUCCGAGAUAAGUAAAUACAUUUUAUACCUAAACGCAACCUCAAUAUGGCGGCCUCAAGUCCUUCACAUAAUGUAAUGACUUCUUUAAUAUUUUGCCAAAUGAUCACCUAUUUUAAUUUAGAAAGUAUAUUAUGAUAAAUGUGUAGCUAUGUAAUCAAGAGACCGAACAUAUCGGGCCCGUCACAUUGUGUUGAAAUUGUGCAUUUUAUAGAUAAUGUUGGUACUUGCCCAUAACUUGAUUAUACACCCAGGGCCCGGGAAUGUAUGAAAAAUAAUAAAUCUCCUUUCCCUUUUACCUUAUACUAAUCAGUUUUUUUAUUCUCCUUCUUCUCGUUCUCUAUUCUAUUCUCUAUUUUGAAGGGGGGGGGGGGGGGCGGCUGCCACCCCCUUCUGAUCAAUGUCUAUUCACAAUUUUUUGUAUUUAUUAAUUUAUACCUUAUUGGUUGCUUGCGUAAUUGUACCUAUUAGCCAAUGGGGUGAAGUUGUCAAAUUUCAUUUUAUGUCACAGCGAAGCGACUGGGUUUGCUAGUAUGACUAAAGGCGGUUUAACAUUUGUCUGACGUGACGCAUCAGAACAGAAUCGGUAUCAUACAUUUUGUAUGGCAACGUUUAUAAGUGUAAACGUUGCCAUAUAAAAUGUGUGUUGUGACAUGUCGUGGUGGCUUCUGAUGUGUCUCAUACAAAAUGCACGAUACCGAUUCUGUUCUGAUGCGUCACAACACGACACGUCAGACAAAUAUAAGUAAAUACAUUUGAAGUGACAAAUGAUACUGACAAAACUUACGAUUAGAUUACCGUUACUUAUUAGAAGGUAGGUGAAAGUGGGAAACCAUUAAAUUAUAAAAUUAAUUAUUGUUUAUAAUAAAAUCUGCCUAUUACAAGUAAUAAUACCGCUUGUAAGCAUUCCAAAUAGUCACGUGGUCGAACAUUGUUUAUUACGUUUGUAAAAUUGUAAUUUGCACGACUUCUAAGCUUAGCACUGUAAGAUUUAUGAAUAUAAAGUUGUUGCAAUUA